AUGGCCUCUGAUAGUCAUACCAGGCAAGAAUUUGUCCGAAUCGCCCCAGCUCCUCCUAAGCCCGGCCAUGUCAUCCGAGAGAUCAUGAGACAUGCUUGUCAGGCUUGUGCCAUACGCAAAUUAAGAUGCGACAAGAUUAGCCCCGCAUGCUCCAAAUGCCUCAAGACAAGACGGGAGUGUUCAUAUGAGUCACCUCGAGCUCGCAAGAAAAAGCUAAACGAUGAUCUACUUCGAAAAGUCGCCAGAUACGAGUCGAUUUUGGCACAGCAUGGAUUGCUUGAUACUGCUAAUUCAGAUGUCGUUGAUGAUAUUCCACAAGAGACACAAUUGCCGCUACCCGUGGGGUCUAUCAGCCCUUUCAACUCAGGCACGGCAACAGGAACACUAAGGGCGAGUCAAGGAAAAUCAAGAUACAUCGAGAGCCAUAUUUGGAAUAACCUUGGAGAUGAGGAGAUUCGUCACAUCUCGGAUGAUGAAGAAGCAGAUCAAAUCACUCCUGAUGAUUCAGCUACCGUGCUGCCAGAUCCAUUCACAGGAGCUUUCCUAGGAAUGCAGCGGAGCCUCCUUGAUCUCCACCCAAGCCAUACGAUGGCGAUGAUAAUGUGGGAAACUUAUGCAGAAAGUAUUGAGCCACUUUGCAAGGCACUGCAUAUCCCAUCAACGGGGGAAAUGGUUAAGCGUGUCUCUUUGGAUCCCAUAACAGCGUCCAGACAAGAGGAAUGCUUGCUAUUUGCCAUAUACCACGCCGCAAUUUUCUCCAUGACCGAGGAACAGUGCAUCGACAAACUCGGUCAGGCGCGACCUACUCUGAUGCCACGAUAUCAUAUGGCCACUCGACAAGCCCUCGUGAAUGCCUCAUUUCUCAAGACCACUGAAAUGUCUGUCCUGCAGGCUUUCUUCCUCUCUCUUCUGACCAGCCGCUCAUCAUACGAUCCACACACAUAUUGGAUGUUGACAGGGAAUUUGCUUCGCAUAGCCCUUCGUAUGGGUCUUCAUCGAGACGCAGAAAAGCUUGGACUAUCACCCUUCGAUGUUAAGAUGAGACGACGACUUUUCUAUCAGAUUUUCCCGAUGGACGGCCGAGCAAGCCAGAUUGCCGGUACGGAAAUGACUGCUCUUCCCGAAUCAUGGGAUACUCGACACCCUCUGAACAUAAACGAUGAUCAAAUUUGGCCUGGAAUGACAGAAAAACCUACAGAGAAACAAGGCGCAACUGAUAUGAUAUUCUGCCUAUCGCGUGCAUGCGUGGGACUGAAUCUAGCUCGCGCUGGCAAGCCAAACUGCCUUGGGCCGUUCAUGCCUAACCAGCGUAGUGAGAUUAACAUACUUGUCGCUGCCGCUGAGCGCGAAGUAGAAGAGAAAUUUAUCCGCUACUGUGACAUUGUCAAUCCUCUUCAUUUUCUUACGAUGGGAUUGGCCCGAUCUGGAAUCACGGCAAUGAGGCUUAAGGUUCGAUUUGGAAGGCUUCUUAACCAGACUGCUACUGAUGCAGAGCGGAAGGACACCUUUCAGUUGGCUCAGAAAACUUUGGAUACUGAUGCGGCCGUGCAUGCUCAUAUGGGACUUAGCAAAUAUCAGUGGUUCAUCAAGCCAUUUUUUCUGUGGGGAACAUGGGAUUCAUUCGUUCUUAUUCUGAGUACCAUCUGGAAAAGACGCGAUCUGCUCGCGGUUGGACAGAUUGAGACUGCCUGGAAGAUCAUUGAGCAGCUUUACAAGAAUCAUGAGGAUCUCAUGGUGUCGAAGGCCGCACUGCAUACUGCACUUAGACGAUUCACACUGAAAGCAUGGGAUUCUCAUCCAACAAGCGAUAAGGUGAGGGAGCCAGAAUUUAUUGUUACGUUGCGAUCUCUGCAAGAACAGAAAGGAAGUGAUAAGUUGCGAAGGCGACUCGUUAGUGAUCCUUCGGCAGAUACAAUGUCACCCCCCUGGAUCUCAUCAGAUAAGAAGAAUAAUCUGUCCCUUGAGUUUAUUCAGGAUCUUGAUCUUGAAGCAGAUGAUUGGAUAUUUUGGAAUGACUUAAUUCAAGAUCACGAUCACAACGCUGUAUAG